CUCCCGAGGCCUCCCCGCUGAUGGCGAACGCCAGCGAGCCGGGAGGAAACAGCAGCCCGUCGCCCCUGAGCAGCAGCGCGAGCGCCUCCCCGUUGGCCGCCCCGGGCCUGAAACUGGCCGCCCUGGGCGCGAUCCUGUGCGUCAGCCUGGCCGGCAACGGACUGUUCGCGCUGCUCAUCCUCAAGGAGCGGCAUUUGCACCGGGCCCCGUACUACCUGCUGCUGGACCUGUGCCUGGCCGACGGGCUGCGAUCGCUGGCCUGCUUCCCCGCGGUCAUGCUGUCCGUGCGCCGCGGUGCGGGCUCCGGGGGGGCGCUGCCACCCGGCGCGCUGGGUUGCAAGCUCCUCGCCUUCCUGGCCGUGCUCUUCUGCUUCCACGCUGCCUUCCUGCUCCUCUGCGUGAGCGUGACCCGCUACUUGGCCAUCGCCCACCCCCGCUUUUAUGCCAAGAAGCUGACGGGCUGGACGUGCGCCGCGGUGGUGUGCGUGGCGUGGGCGCUGGCCCUGGCCACGGCUUUCCCCCCGGUGCUGGACGUGGGCACUUACCGCUUCGUUCGCGAGGAGGCCCAGUGCACCUUCGAGCACCGCCACGUCGGGGCCAACGACACGCUGGGCUUCCUGCUCAUGCUGGCCGUCGUGGUCGGGGCCACCCACCUGGUCUACCUCCGGCUCCUCUUCUUCAUCCACGACCGCCGCAAGAUGAAGCCGGCCCAGCUGGUCCCGGCCGUCAGCCAGAACUGGACCUUUCACGGGCCCGGGGCCACGGGGCAAGCGGCGGCCAACUGGACGGCGGGCUUCGGCCGGGGCCCCACCCCGCCCGCCCUGGUGGGGAUUCGGCCGACCGGCCACGGCCAGGCCCGGCGGCGGCUCUUGGGCCUGGAGGAGUUCAAGGCGGAGAAGCGGCUGUGCAAGAUGUUCUACCUGGUCACGUUGCUUUUCUUGCUCCUCUGGGGGCCCUACAUCGUGGCCUGCUACCUGCGGGUCUUUGUCCGGCCCGUCGCCAUCCCCCCGGGCUACGUAACUGCCUCCGUGUGGCUCACCUUCGCCCAGGCGGCGGUCAACCCCAUCGUCUGCCUCGCCUCCAACAAGAAGCUACGCGUCUGCUUCUGGGCCCGCUUCCCCUGCUGCCAAAGCCCCCGGACCAGUCAGGGCACCCUCCUGUGCCCUCUGAAAGGCUUUGGCCUAUAAAUGGGUGAGGGUGGGAACCUCUCCCCGUCCACUGUGCCCCCGUCAUCUCCCCUCCACCGCCCCCCCACAAAGAAAACGCUCACGUCUCCCCCACACUGACCCUUCCCUUUACUUUGCAGAUGUUCACUUUUGCCUCCGCUAUCUUCGAGACCGCAGACGGGGCCGGGCCUGGCCCGGCCCGGCCGAGGAAACCUGAAGAGCGCUGCAAGGAGGGCUCGUCUCCGGCUCGUCUACUCGCUUUUUUUUUUUUUUUCGGAAGGCCGGGCUCUACGCUUUUCGGGCCUUGCUGGGUUCAACGGGUUUUCCUCUUCCCUACGCUCUGGAACGAACAGUAGAUGCUGCCGGUGUUUUGUAUGGUGACGUCCAUUUUGCUAAAGGCUCUAACAGUUUUCUUCGUUCGACGUUUCCUAAAGGCUAAGCCGCAUUUUCUAUAGAAGUUAUUUUUAGCCCUUGCGGUCUGUUGUAAAGGGGGAGAGAAAGCAAAGUGAAGAUAAGGACCCUCAGAAGUCACUUGACUGUGAGCUUCACUGCGCUCCAAAGGAUUGCGUUCAAAUAAAAG